AUGAGUGACGAAUUGGUCAUUGCUUCAACUCCGGUUGAUGGAGUCAGAGUACUCGCCUUUAACCGGCCAACCAAGCGCAACGCCCUCUCCCAGCAGCUGAUAACUGUGUUCCUGGAACAGCUGCAGGAAGCAUCCCGGGAUCGUGGCGUGCGAGUCAUUGUUGUCACUGGCAGCAAAAGUUUCUUUUGCGCGGGAGCCGACAUCAGCGAGAUCUCGGCCCUCGAUGCGGAGGCCGCGCGGGGUCAUCGAUAUCUAGAGGAUCUAUGCACGGGCAUGAGAUCCGUGCGGAAGCCCGUCAUUGCGGCAGUUGAGGGAAUGGCGCUUGGUGGAGGCUUCGAGGUCGCUUUGAUGUGCGACCUCAUCUUUGCCGCUCGAGAUAGCCGCUUCGGCCUGCCGGAGGUCACCAUUGGUCUCAUCCCCGGCGCCGGAGGCACCCAACGACUGACCAACGCCGUGGGCAAGUUCAAGGCAAUGCAGAUGAUCCUCCUCGGGAGACCCAUCUCGGCAGACGAGGCCCGUUCCGCUGGACUAAUCGCCGACGUCUACGACAAUGGGAGCGUGUUGCACAACGUGCUCGAGACGGCAAAGAGCCUCGCCGCGCUGAGCCCCACGGCUCUGUCCUUCACCAAGGAGGCGAUAUGCAAAUGCAAGUACCCGGCACGGCACCCGGCCCUCCUCUCCCCUUCGGAUGAUCUUGGAUGCGAUCACGACUUUGAGAGGAGCUUGUAUUACACUGCGUUUAGCACGGCUGAUAAGGAAGAGGGUGUGAGGGCGUUUCUUGAAAAGAGGACACCCGAGUGGAAGUCCAAGUAG